AUGGACGCGGACGUGGACGUGGACGUAGACGCGGACGUGGACGUGGACGUGGACGUGGAUGGACGCGGACGUGGACGUGGACGGGGAUGUGGACGUGGACGUGGACGUGGACGUGGACGUGGACGUGGAGGUGGACGUGGACGUGGACGGUGGACGUGGACGUGGAUGGACGUGGUCGUGGACGCGGACGUGGACGUGGACGUGGACGUGGUCGUGGACGUGGUCGUGGUCGUGGUCGUGGACGUGGACGUGGACGUGGACGUGGACGUGGACAAGCGUGGACGUGGACGUGGACGUGGACAUGGACCAUGGACCUGGACGUGGACGUGGACGUGGACGUGGACGUGGACGCGGACGUGGACGCGGACGCGGACGCGGACGCGGACGUGGAUGCGGACGUGGACGCGGACGUGGACGUGGACGCGGACGCGGACGUGGACGUGGACGCGGACGUGGACGUGGACAUGGACGUGGACGUGGACAUGGACAUGGACGUGGACGUGGACGUGGACGUGGAGGACGUGGACGUGGACAUGGACAUGGACGUGGACGUGGAGGACUUGGACGUGGACAUGGACUUGGACAUGGACGUGGACAUGGACGUGGACAUGGACGUGGACGUGGACUUGGACGUGGACGUGGACGUGGACGUGGACAUGGACAUGGACAUGGACGUGGACGUGGACAUGGACGUGGACGUGGACGUGGACAUGGACAUGGACGUGGACGUGGACGUGGAUGGACGCGGACGUGGACUUGGACGUGGACGUGGACUUGGACUUGGACGUGGACGUGGACGUGGACGUGGACGUGGACAUGGACGUGGACGUGGACAUGGACGUGGACGUGGACGUGGACGUGGAGGACUUGGACGUGGACGUGGACGUGGACGUGGACGUGGACGUGGAGGUGGACGUGGACGUGGACGUGGACGUGGACGUGGACAUGGACAUGGACAUGGACAUGGACGUGGACAUGGACGUGGACGUGGACGUGGACAUGGACAUGGACAUGGACAUGGACGUGGACAUGGACGUGGACAUGGACAUGGACGUGGACGUGGACGUGGACAUAGACGUGGACCUGGACGUGGACAUGGACGUGGACGUGGACAUGGACAUGGACAUGGACGUGGACGUGGACAUGGACAUGGACAUGGACGUGGACGUGGACAUGGACAUGGACGUGGACAUGGACGUGGACGUGGACGUGGACGUGGACGUGGACGUGGACGUGGACCUGGACGUGGACGCCGACGUGGACGUGGACGUGGACAUGGACGACUUGGACGUGGACAUGGACGUGGACAUGGACGUGGACGUGGACGUGGACGCGGACGUGGACGUGGACUUGGACGUGGACGUGGACGUGGACGUGGACGUGGACAUGGACAUGGACAUGGACAUGGACGUGGACGUGGACAUGGACGUGGACGUGGACGUGGACAUGGACAUGGACGUGGACGUGGACGUGGACGUGGAUGGACGUGGACACGUGGACGUGGACAUGGACGUGGACGUGGAGGUCGACGUGGACGUGGACGUGGACAUGGACGUGGACGUGGACGUGGACAUUGACGUGGACGUGGACAUGGACGUGGACGUGGACAUGGAUAUGGACGUGGACGUGGACGUGGACGUAGAUGUGGACGUGGACGUAGACAUGGACGCCGACGAGGACAUGGACGUGGACAUGGACGCCGACUUGGACGUGGACGUGGACAUGGACGUGGACGUGGAGGUCGACGUGGACGUGGACGUCGACGUGGACAUGGACGUGGACGUGGACGUGGACAUUGACGUGGACGUGGACAUGGACGUGGACGUGGACAUGGACAUGGACGUGGACAUGGACGUGGACGUGGACGUAGACGUGUACGUGGACGUAGACAUGGACAUGGACAUGGACAUGGACGUGGACAUGGACGUGGACGUGGACAUGGACGUGGACGUGGACAUGGACGUGGACAUGGACCAGGACGUGGACGUGGACAUGGACAUGGACGUGGACGUGGACGUGGACGUGGACAUGGACGUGGACAUGGACGUGGAGGACUUGGACGUGGACAUGGACGUGGUCGUGGACGUGGACGUGGACGUGGACGUGGACGCGGACGUGGACGUGGAGGUGGACGUGGAGGUGAAGGUGGAGGUGGACGUGGACGUGGACGUGGACGUGGACGCGGACGUGGACGUGGAGAUUCCAUCCCCUUCUCCCCGAUUCCAUCCCCUUUUUCCAGAUUCCAUCCCCUUCUACCAGAUUCCAUCCCUUUCUCCCAGAUUCCAUCCCCUUCUCCCAGAUUCCAUCCCCUUCUCCCAGAUUCCAUCCCCUUCUCCUAGAUUCCAUCCCCUUCUCCCUCAUUCCAUCCCCUUCUCCCAGAUUCCAUCCCCUUCUCCCAGAUUCUGUCCCCUUCUCCCAGAUUCCAACCCCUUCUCCCAUAUUCGAUCCUCUUCUCCCUCAUUCCAUCUCCUUCUCCUAGAUUCAAUCCCCUUCUCCCAGAUUCCAUCCCCUUCUCCCAUAUUCCAUCCCCUUCUCCCCGAUUCCAUCCCCUUCUCCCUCAAUCCAUCCCCUUCUCCCAGACUCCAUCCCCUUCUCCCUGAUUCCAUCCCCUUCUCCCCAAUUCCAUCCCUUUCUCCCUCAUUCCAUCCCCUUCUCCCAGAUUCCACCCCCUUCUUCCAGAUUCCAUCCCCUUCUCCCAGAUUCCAUCCCCUUCUCCCAAAUUCCAUCCCCUUCUUCCAGAUUCCAUCCACUUCUCCCAGAUUCCAUCCCCUUCUCCCAGAUUCCAUCCCCUUCUCCAAGAUUCCAUCCCCUUCUACCAGAUUCCAUCCCUUUCUCCCAGAUUCCAUCCCCUUCUCCCAGAUUCCAUCCCCUUCUCCCAGAUUCCAUCCCCUUCUCCUAGAUUCCAUCCCCUUCUCCCUCAUUCCAUCCCCUUCUCCCAGAUUCCAUCCCCUUCUCCCAGAUUCUAUUCAAUCCCCUUCUCCCAGAUUCCAUCCCCUUCUCCCAUAUUCCAUCCCCUUCUCCCCGAUUCCAUCCCCUUCUCCCUCAAUCCAUCCCCUUCUCCCAGACUCCAUCCCCUUCUCCCUGAUUCCAUCCCCUUCUCCCCAAUUCCAUCCCUUUCUCCCUCAUUCCAUCCCCUUCUCCCAGAUUCCACCCCCUUCUUCCAGAUUCCAUCCCCUUCUCCCAGAUUCCAUCCCCUUCUCCCAAAUUCCAUCCCCUUCUUCCAGAUUCCAUCCACUUCUCCCAGAUUCCAUCCCCUUCUCCCAGAUUCCAUCCCCUUCUCCAAGAUUCCAUCCCCUUCUCCCAGAUUCCAUCCCCUUCUCCCAGAUUCCAUCCCCUUCUUCCAUAUUCCAUCCCCUUCUCCCAGAUUCCAUCCCCUUCUCCCUCAUUUCAUCCAGUUCUCUCAGAUUCCAUCCCUUUUUCAUAGAUUCCAUCCCCUUCUCCCGGAUUCCAUCCCCUUCUCCCAGAUUCCAUCCCCUUCUCCCUGAUUCCAUCCCCUUCACCCAGAUUCCAUCCCCUUCUUCAAGAUUCCAUCCCCUUCUCCCAGAUUCCAUCCCCUUCUCCUUGAUUCCAUCCCCUUCUUCCAGAUUCCAUCCCCUUCUGCCAGAUUCCAUCCCCUUCACCCAGAUUCCAUCCCCUCCUCCCAGAUUCCAACCCCUUCUCCCUCAUUCCUUCCCCUUCUCCCAGAUUCCAUCCCCUUCUCCCAGGUUCCAUCCCGCCCUCCCUGACUCCAUCCCCUUCUCCUACAUUCCAUCCCCUUCUCCCAGAUUCUAUCCCCUUCUCCCAGAUUCCAUCCCUUUCUCCCUCAUUCCAUCUCCUUCUCCCAGACGCAGCCCCCUUCUUCCAGAUUCUAUCCCCUUCUCCCAGAUUCCAUCCCCUUCUCCCAAAUUCCAUCCCCUUCUCCCUGACUCCAUCCCCUUCUCCCAGAUUCCAUCCCCUUCUCCCAGAUUCCAUCCCCUUCUCCCAGAUUCCAUCCCCUUCUCCUAG